UCUGGUCAGUUAAGUUGGAAACAAUGGAUCGCGAUAAAGAGGAUCCAUAUGUAAGGUGUCGUUUUUCUGAGAUUGUCCGGUUCGUAUUCUACGUGGCAGUAGUGAUUUUUCUCUUGUCGAGUGUAGUUUUAGUAGCUGUAGAUUACGUUCAAAUAAAACAGAGAUUGGCUGCAAUUGAGGAGAAGAUAAACGCGGACGAGUUGUUGCGGAAAGUUUGUGUAACAGAUCGAAAACAGACAGAAAUCGAUGGAAGGGCUGAAGUUCAAGCUUCGCUUUCAAGAAGAAGAAGGAGAGCGUUAACCCUGAGUCUUGCAGGUCUUGAGAAACGAGUGAAAGUUCUGGAAUACAGGGCAAUUAGAAAUAACCAGUCCUCUUCUAUCGAAGUAUUUGAAACACCAGGAGCACUGCUGAGAGGACGAGAUGGACGGGAUGGUAGGGAUGGACCCGCGGGACCUCCCGGAUCACCAGGUACACCAGGACAACCAGGGACACCAGGGGAGGCUGGUUCAGGCGGAAACGUCGGCAAACAAGGAUAUCCUGGACCUAAAGGACAAAAGGGACAAGAGGGGCAGGGGAGGUCUGGAGUCAAUUACGUGCGCUGGGGCCGGACAAGGUGUGAUGGAGAUGGUCAAAUUGUGUACACAGGGAUCAUUGGAAGCGGUGCUUAUAGUCACCGGGGAGGCGGUGGAAAUUACUUGUGCCUUCCUAAUGACCCAAAGUACGACAAAUAUACCCACAGCUGGGAGACAGCGGGCGCCAUCUAUGGAACUGAGUAUGAAGUGAGUUCCUUUAAUCCGUUUACAAAUAACCUGCAUAACCAUGACGCACCGUGUGCCGUGUGCUUCGUCAGAUCACGUGGUUCGCAACUGAUGAUGCCCGCAAGGAAUGACUGUCCAUCCGGCUGGGCUAAAGAGUAUCAUGGGUAUUUGAUGACAGCUCAUUACGGCCACCAGAGCACGCGAGACUUUAUCUGCGUUGAUUGGGAGGCUGAGUAUGUCCCAGGCUCCCAAUCUGAUAAAGAUGGUGCACUGCUGUAUCUUGUUCAAGGAGGUUGUGGCUCGUUACCAUGCCCUCCAUACGUCUCUGGAAGAGAGCUGACACGCGCUGUGUGUACGAAGUGAGCACUGGCUAAGAAUUCUGGUUCUCUUAGUAUGAUUAGCGAUUAGCUUAUGACUCAAGUUGUUUACCGUUCACGAAGUAGGAAUUGAAGGCCUUAGGAAAGUGUCAAUCAGCAAUGCGUAUAUGACAGUAGAAUACACGAAAGUAGGAAGUUUAGUGCAAGAUUCAGAACUCACCGUCUGAACUCGCCCCAUAAUUUUGUAGUACCUAGAACUUCAAAGGCAUUCAUUUUUUAUCUGAAGAAUAUCAUAAACAGAAUUCAAUUCUAGUAUGGUUAUUCGCCACAAAGUUUUUUAUCCUUGGCUACUUUACAUAAAUAAAGUGUCUAGCUCCUUCUGGGGCUUGAAUACUGCAGACCGGAAUCAACCGCGAAAACCACGCGAUUCGACGUCAUACUCAAUACCGUAGUUAACCACAAUCAUUACAAUUUCUUCAAAUGUGAUUGGUGCACUAACUGCUUUAUUUUUCACAAACUAUUUUGUGGAGUUGUAGUCGGACAGUGUAAUUGAACAGUUGGCUGUAAUCGGACACCUGUAAUCGAACAGUUGAAGCACCCAAUCGUACUUAGUCUACUUAGCUAAAUCCAACAAUCACAGAAUUGAUCAGAAUAACUAGAGCAGCAACCGCUUGUCCCAAGAUAAACUGGGGGAUUUCGUAAAUGGAGGAAUUUUUAACUUAACACAUUGUGGAAAUAUUUGUUCAAGAUGUCAUUUCUUUUUUCGGAAGUUGUGAUGGUUAUGAUUACUAGGGUAACAGGACUUCGUGUCUUCGUGUCUUCGUGUCUUCGUGUCUUCGUGAUUAAAAACUUCGGACUACCCUUGCGCGGUCGUCUGAUUUUGUCAAUCACUCGUAUGAUUACAGACCGAAUUGGACUUCACUCAAUCGUAUUACCAUUAUUAAUAUGCUACAAAAUCAGUUCGACCUUUGCUUUUGAAUGAAAUAGUCCAUUAAAAAUCCUUAAGGUAAAA